AUGGGCAUCUCUGGCCUACUACCGCUCCUCAAAUCAAUACAGAAACACAGUAGCUUGAAGAAAUUUGGUGGUCAAACUAUUGGAGUUGAUGCAUAUGGCUGGCUUCAUAGGGGUACAGUGGCAUGUGCCAUUGAUCUUGCUUUGGGUAAGCCGACCAGAAAAUAUGUCGACUUUUCUAUGCAUCGUGUCCGAAUGCUACUCCAUUUUGGCAUAAUACCUUACCUUGUUUUCGAUGGUGACUACCUGCCUAGUAAGGCCGCUACUGAGAAUGACAGGGCGCAGAGACGGGAGCAGAGCAGAAAAAAAGGACUGGAGCUCUAUCACAUGAACAAGCCAUCACAAGCGCACUUAGAGCUGCAGAAGGCGAUCGAGGUCACUCCUGUCAUGGCACGAGAGCUCAUUGAAGAAUUGAAGAAGAUCAGUGUUCAAUACGUCGUUGCACCGUAUGAAGCUGAUGCUCAGCUGGUAUACCUCGAGAAACAAGGGAUUAUUCAAGGCAUGCUGUCGGAAGAUUCAGAUCUUUUGGUGUUCGGCGGGAAGACACUCUUGACGAAGCUUGAUCAAUAUGGUGACUGCGUUGAGAUCGAUCGAGCUGAUUUUAGUGCUUGCCGCGAGAUCAGUCUCACCAAUUGGACCGACGCUGAGUUCCGCACCAUGGCGAUAUUGAGCGGAUGUGACUACCUUGCAAGUAUCACUGGUAUGGGCUUGAAGAAUGCCUAUCGGCUCGUUCGAAAACACAAGACGAUUGACAAAGUCCUUCGGAUGCUUCAAUUUGAUGGGAAAUACUUCGUGCCAACGACAUAUCCUGAAGCUUUUCGCAGAGCAGAAUUAACAUUUCUUCAUCAGCGGGUAUAUUCUCCGCUGCAGAACGCAGUCGUGAUGCUGACAGAAGCCGAUGACGACUCGCUGCCGGAGGACGUAUCCUUUCUUGGAGCAGAGAUUGAGCAUCCUAUCGCGGCUGCCGUUGCUCGAGGCGACCUUGAUCCAAUCACAAAGAAGCGUAUUAAUGUUUCCAAGAAUAGGGAUUUGCCAGUGACGCCUGGCAGUUUCAAGCGCAGAGAAUGUGAGGGAACUAGCCUCCUAGACGUGAAAGGCAAUAAGUCUAUUGAUGCCUUCUUCAAAGCAAAAAGAACCCCAUUGGCCGAGCUGGAUCCAAACUGUUUUACUCCAUCUCCAACACAGGCACGCUUGCUACAGCAAGCCGCAGGCAGCUCGUGGGAAUCCCCUUUGAUUAACACCACGACAUCAAGUGCUCGUGCAUCUACGGCGGAGCGGCUCCGCCCUACUAGAAAUAGCUUGACUGCUCAAAGCACGAUCUUGUCAACAACGGAGCCUCCUCUUGCUUCAGCGUCGACCAAAAGGCGACGGCUACUAGAAGAUGUCGAGGCUCAAAAUACAGGACACUCGGAGAAAGGCGGCAAGGUUGUACGUAGCCAUUUUUUCGCAAAUAGUCAAGACUUGCGGUCAACGUUCUUAACCGGCAGGAAGUCGAGGAAAGCAAGAAACUCCGAAAUCCAAAUCUGGUCUGACGACUCAGUUGAAGAAGUCAUGGCUGAACUUCCAGACAUAUCCGAGCUAGUCGAAAGGGGCCUAGAUCGCGUUACAAAGAAUAAGGAGUUUGAGGUGUUUCACAAUGAGAAAUCCAUAGCGAAGGAAAAAGCGGAAAGGGACGCUCCAGGAGAAGAAAAUUCAGCGGUAGACGACUCGCAGACUUCAGGAUCUUCAAGAAGAACUUUAUCCGCUCAAGCGUCAAGCGUUACUGACGUAACUACUACGAGUAGCUCGGCUUCGUCAAUGGCUCAGAGGCUCGAUAUAGGUGUGACUGCAGAGUUGGCGGCUCUGGCCUCGCAAUACAAGUACAGGCCUGCAGAUCAGAACGCACGUCGAGGGGAGGAGGAUGGUCGAAAGCAAGAUGCCCAAGCCGUCAAUGAGAAGUCAGUCCUAAGACCAGCUAUGGGGCGUCGGGCAAGCAUGACGCCUUUGCAACGACUAGGUGCCGGAGCACUGAAACGAUCAAAGAUAGACUGCAUACCUUCCUUAGACUCAAAAGCAAACAGUCGAUCGAGCAGUAACCACCACAAAAUCCCCGUUUUGACCGAGGAUUCAGAGCCGACUCCGUCCCUGCCUUUCAAUCAUAGCAUAGACCCUGACACGUCCAGUGUUAGAGGCAGUGAGGACGCACUUGUACCCGACUCCGAAGAAGAGCUCAGCGGACCAGAGAAAAUUAGUACGAAGGAAACGAAAUCCAGAAUCAAUCUUGGCGUCUUUGUUUUUGAAGGAUAG